CACCCUGCUUCCUUCCUAGUAGCUUCUUUCUCUCUCUUUCUCUACCUUUCUCUCUCUAUAAAUACCAUGCCCCCCCAUUUCUUAUUCACUCAAACUAGUACCAAAAAAACCAUUACUUCACUACCCAUUAUAUAUCUUCUGAAGUUCAACAAUGGCUUCUUUCGGUUGUAGUCAUUUAUUUACAAAAAUUGUUCUUUUAUUGUCUCUGUUCCAUUUCACCUCGGCAGCUAGGAGACUCACUGAGUCAACUCAGGAUCAGGAAAACCUUCUGUUUCAGUACCACAAUGGCCCCCUUCUUAGCGGCAAAAUCUCCAUCAAUCUCAUUUGGUACGGCAAUUUCAAGCCUUCCCAACGUGCCAUUAUUUCAGAUUUCAUUACCUCUCUCUCUUCUUCUUCUUCUUCAAAACCCACAAUGGCCCAACCAUCUGUCGCCACGUGGUGGAAGGCCACAGAGAAAUACUACCAUCAGAUCAACUCCAAGAAGUACUCUUCUCUGGCGCUCCUAUCAAUGGGUAAUCACAUCCUGGAUGAGAAUUACUCAUUGGGUAAAUCACUCACUGGUCAGCAGAUCAAACGGCUGGCAGCGAAGGGUGAUCAGCACAACGCCAUCAACGUUGUGUUGACCUCGUCUGAUGUGAUCGUUGAUGGGUUUUGCUCCAGUAGGUGUGGGACCCAUGGGUCUGCCAAGAGCAGUGCCCAGGUUGAGGGCAAGAAUUACAAGUUUGCCUACAUCUGGGUUGGUAACUCGGAGACUCAGUGCCCGGGUCAAUGCGCUUGGCCGUUCCACCAACCCAUCUACGGACCACAGAGCCCGCCCUUGGUUGCACCCAACAACGAUGUGGGUCUGGACGGUAUGGUCAUGAACCUGGCUAGCCUGUUGGCUGGGACGGUUACGAACCCAUUUGGAAAUGGCUACUAUCAGGGCCCGGCGGGUGCACCCCUAGAGGCUGCGUCAGCUUGUCCUGGUGUUUAUGCUAAAGGGGCCUACCCGGGCUAUGCUGGGGACCUGUUGGUGGACCCCACUACUGGGGCUAGCUACAAUGCGCACGGCGUCAAUGGGAGGAAGUAUUUGGUUCCUGCGCUAAUUGACCCUUCAACUUCGUCGUGCUCAACUCUGGUCUGAGAUCACAAUGUUUCACACCUGUGUGUGUGUGUGU